GGAAUUGUACCAAGAGGGGUUCAAAAUUCCCCAUCUAGAGAUGUAUGAUGGCUCGGGCGACCCUGACGAGCACCUACAUACCUAUCAGGCCAUCAUAAGGAUACAAAAUGCAAAUGAUGCCAUGAUGUGCAAAGUGUUCCCAGCGACACUGAAGUCUACAGCCAGGAGAUGGUAUCAUAAACUUCCUAGACACUCUAUAGACUCGUAUUCCCAGCUCGCCAAGCUAUUCUCCAACAAAUUUGCGAGCCAGAGGGAGAUUAAACGUACGGCGACCGAGCUAAUGCAGGUUCAUCAGAAAGAGGGAGAAUCUUUGAGGGACUACAUGCAACGAUUCAACAAGGCUACUUUGGACAUUGAUAACGUCCCUGAUACCAUUUGCUUAUCUGCCUUGUUGCAUGGUUUGAAGCCUGGCCGGUUUCUGGACAACCUGCUGGAGAAUCCACCCAAGUUGUGGAAUGAAGUAAAUGACAAGUCGGCAAGCUUCAUAUUAUCCGAAGAUUUUCAAUCUUCUAAGAGACGAGCUGAUGACAGGCAAGGAAAAGAGCCUAACUACAACCCCUUGAACUCGUCACGAUCCCAGAUAUUGGCGCAGAUACAACAUUGGGUCAAGAGACCCCCUCCACAAACGCACGAUUCUUCACAAGCUGACAGAAGCAAAUAUUGCGACUAUCACCGUGUCUAUGGCCAUAACACAGAAGACUGUCAAAGUCUGAAGGACGAGCUCGAAUUCUUGGCUCGUUCGUACUCAUCUGAGUCGAGCAGAGCAUACAGGGGAUGCCCGUUCAAUAGGCAUGGGCAAGGACAGAAAGCAGCUACACAGAAUCAAAAGGACCACAGAGGGGUUGGGUAUGGUGGAAUACCCCCGCCAUCUGGCACAAUCAAUAUAAUCUUUGGUGGAGAGCCUGACGUCGUGAUGCCUCACGCAGAUCCUUUUGUAGCAACAGUCCAUAUAGGCAAUCAUAACGUCAAUAAGGUUUUCAUUGACACUGGCAGCUCGCCCGAUAUUCUGUAUUGGAGCUGCUUCCAAAAGAUGCAGCUGAACCCCAGCUCGUUACAAAAAUAUGAAGGGCCAAUCUAUGGGUUUGAUAAUCAGCCCGUUCUAGUGGAAGGAGUAAUCACACUUCCCAUUUAUGUGGGUUCAGAACCACGCUUCAGGAUGGCUUCAGUCAGCUUCCUGGUCGUCAAAAUGGAAUCGGCCUUCAACGCUAUAUUAGGAAGGGCUACUCUGUGCGAGCUGAAGGCUGUUAUUUCACAGCCCCACCUCUGCAUGAAAUUCCCAACACCUCAGGGGGUAGGAGUACUAAAAGGGAAUCAGAGGAUGGCCAGGGCAUGUUAUCAAGAUACAUUUAAGAAGGUUGAAUUUGCUGUAGCUCCGAGAGGCUCCGAAAGUAGUAGGCCAACUCAGCCCGGCCAGCAGACAAUGAGCAUAUCAGACAUUGAGCAUAGACCUGAGGGUGUCGAGCAGAAAGCAGAGCCAGUAGAGCCAGUAGAAACCGUUCCUUUAAACCCUGAUGUGCCGGAAAGAACAGUCAAGAUCGGCACCAAGCUCACAGAAGCAGAGCGAGCAGAGCUUUUGGAGUUUUUGAGGGUCAAUCAAGAUGUGUUUGCGUGGACCACUGAUGAAAUGCCUGGUAUUCCAGCGGAGUUGACAGUCCACAAACUCAGCACAAACCCUACCAGAAAGCCGGUGGAGAAAACAACUUUCUAUGCUGGUGACACAAUCUAUUGUUAUGUGAUGAUGCCGUUUGGCCUGAAGAAUGCUGGUGCUACAUAUCAGAAACUUGUGCAAAUCAUCUUUAAGCUCCAGAUCGGCAAAAACAUAGAAGUAUAUGUGGAUGACAUGAUAGUCACCAGCGUACGAGCUGAAGAUCACAUAUGCGACCUAAGUGAGACCUUUCAAAACUUGCGCCGAGCUCAAAUGAAACUAAAUCCCUCGAAAUGCACAUUCGCUGUAGAAUUAGGAAAAUUCCUAGGGUACGUGGUAUCCAAGAAAGGAAUUGAAGUGAACCCAGAGAAGGUUCUGGUCGUUCAGCAAAUGGAGCCUCCCAAGACUGUAAAGGAUGUGCAGCGCCUAAUAGGUCGAAUAGCCGCGUUGCACAGAUUCAUAGCCAGGUCGGCGGAGAAGUGCUUACCGUUCUUCAAAGCCCUACGAGAGCCCAAGCACUUCCGAUGGACCGACGAGUGUCAAAGGGCGUUUGACGAGCUCAAGCAAUAUCUGGCAUCUGCACCCUUGCUGUCCAAGCCUGUGGAAGGGGAGAGUUUAUACUUGUACAUGGGGGUUAUAGAAGAGGCAGUGAGCUUAGUCUUGCUCAGGGAAGAGAAUAAGAAUCAGAAGCCUAUCUGCUACGUAAGUAAGGUUUUACAAGGUGCAGAGCAAAACUACCCGUUAGCAGAAAAUGUUGCCUUUGCCCUAGUUUACACAGCUCGUAAGUUGAGAGCUUAUUUCCAAUCACAUCAAAUUGUUGUCUAUACCGAUCUGCCAUUGAGAAAAAUACUGCAGAAACUUGAACUCUCUGGUCUGCUUAUUGGGUGGACCGUCGAGCUGAGCGAAUAUGACCUCAAGUUUCAGCCACGCACAACCAUAAAAGGCCAGGCCGUUGCAGACUUUCUGGUGGAGUGCGUGUCAACCACUAGGGAAGAAAUAGCACCCGAACACCCAGUAUGGGUUUUGUAUGUUGAUGGAGCAGCUAACGUUGAAGGAUCGGGUGCUGGGGCUAUAUUAGUAGGCCUAGAUGGCUUUAAAUCCGAGCACGCACAGAGGUUUAAAUUUCAGACCACUAAUAAUGCUGCGGAGUAUGAAGCCCUUGUUUACGGGUUGAAGCUGGUGUUCGAGCUGAAGGUACAAAGCAUUCAGGUUUUUAGCGACUCUCAGCUCGUCGUGAGCCAGGUGAAUGGCAGUUGUGAAAUCAGGGAUCCCCAGCUUGGUCAUUAUGCCUUUGUGGCGAACCCAAGAGCUUGGGUUCGUCUUAUCGCUCUCACCCUCCUACUUUUCUUGCCAAGGCCAAGCCUUCCCGCUCGGUUAGAAGGACCGGAUGGAGCCGACGACGCUGUUGUCACCGGCCGUAUGUCCAGGGCUUCCCGUCGUCGGCUCCAUCCGGUCCUUAUUUCUGUCUCCGCCCAUAGCCUUUUCGGCACAUUACUCUUCCCAAAUUCCAGAAGCCUCAUAACCGAUAACCCUGCGUUCUCCGGAUCACUCGCUGUAUCUAAACACAUGAAUCCUCGUCCCUGUACUCCCACCGUCGAUGAUAAUCCGGUACUUCUCGGUGCCUUUAGUGCUGAAUAUGAAUAGAUAACAAAAGAGCAAAAUAGCAAACGUCGCUAGAACUGAGGCAACAACCAAUGGCGAGAUAAUUCUACUCUGCUUGGAGAUCUGAGGGAAGAAAUUGGGGGAUCGCGU